CCUGCCGAUAAGAAUCGAAAUUCAUCUUAUCAAAUCGAAAGAAUACAACGAUUUUAGGUUUUACUGAUUUUUCAUCGCUCGUAUCAGAAAAGUAUAUUCUGUUUGAUCGAAAUCUUCAUGGAAUCCAAUAAUUAGAGAGAGAACCAUUUUAGAAUUAAGAUUCUACAGCGACAACAACCCUCUGCCAUUAUCACUGAGCCGAAUUCACUUCUCAUUGAUUAGGGCGUUUUUCUUUUUCUAUGUUCAAAUUUUCUUUGAAAUAUAGGCCAUAUCCUUUCUCUGAAUUUAGUCCGCACGUUUGUAGCGUACGCUCGGCUUCUUGAUUAUCAUUUAUAGAAAGUUCAAAAACAGUUAACCAUUUCGUGUUUGCUGGGCGGCGAUUUGGCCUCAGCUUCGGAGAUCCUGUUGUUUUUAUCCCCAAAACAGAGGGCAAAAGUUUCAGAAUCCAAUGGCUGGUGAUUUUGGAGGAAAAUGGGCGGGUUUCCGAUCAAUGGCGUUGAUGAUGUUCAACUUUGCUAUAGCGUUGGCUCUGUCUUCCGGCGAGAGAAAAAUGAAGCUCGAUUCGUCGCGAUUGGAGGAAGAAGGAAGCUUGGGAGAUAUGAAUCUGCUCCAAGUAGCUUUGGAUUUCUUGUGGAAGGCGGAGAAAACGGGGUAUCAUCAUGUGUGGCCUGAAAUGGAAUUCGGGUGGCAGAUUGUAGUCGGUUCUUUUAUUGGAUUUUUGGGAGCUGCAUUUGGGAGUGUAGGAGGCGUUGGUGGUGGGGGGAUUUAUGUUCCUAUGCUUAGUCUAAUCAUUGGGUUUGAUCCAAAGUCAUCUACAGCUAUAUCAAAAUGUAUGAUAAUGGGUGCGGCAGCAUCAACUGUUUAUUAUAAUCUUAAGUUAAGGCAUCCAACGCUUGAUCUUCCUAUCAUUGACUAUGACUUGGUUCUUCUCAUCAUGCCUAUGCUCAUGCUCGGCAUCAGCAUUGGGGUAGUUUUUAACGUCAUAUUUGCAGACUGGAUGGUUACUAUUCUUCUCAUCGUUCUCUUCAUAGCUACGUCAACGAAAUCGUUUUUGAAGGGGGUUGAAACUUGGAAGAAGGAAACCAUAAUGAAAACGGAGGCUGCUAAGCGUGCUGAAUCAAAUGAUCUUCAAUCCGAUAACGUGGCAUAUGCUCCACUUCCCAGCGGCCCAAACGAUCGCCCUGAAACUGACACCCGUGAUCAAGAGGUUCCAAUCCUCAAGAAUGUGUACUGGAAAGAAAUGGGACUUCUUAUGUUAGUUUGGGUUGCAUUCCUUGCAAUACAGAUUGCUAAGAAAGAAUCACCCACUUGUUCGGUGGAAUAUUGGGUACUAAACUUACUGCAGAUUCCAAUUGCUUUUGCUGUAUCUGUUUAUGAGGCAGUUUGCCUGUAUAAAGGACGGAGAAAAAUUGCAUCUCUGGGAGAUCAGAAGACCAAUUUUCGAGUUCACCAGCUUGUUCUGUAUUGCUUCUUGGGUAUAGUGGCUGGAGUGGUUGGUGGGCUGCUUGGACUUGGCGGAGGAUUUAUUAUGGGUCCUCUGUUCUUGGAGCUGGGCAUUCCCCCUCAGGUAUCGAGUGCUUCAGCAACCUUUGGAAUGACAUUCUCCUCAUCAAUGUCUGUUAUACAAUACUAUCUUCUACACCGUUUUCCUGUUCCUUACGCUCUUUACUUCACUAUUGUGGCCAUGGCAGCUGCAUUUAUUGGACAGCACGUAAUCAGAAAGCUGAUUAACUUGAUUGGAAGAGCAUCUCUAAUUAUCUUCAUUUUGUCCUUCACAAUAUUUGUCAGUGCAGUCUCUCUAGGUGGAGUUGGAAUCUCGAAGAUGAUUGGUCAGAUCCACCGACAUGAAUACAUGGGAUUCGAGAAUCUGUGCAAAUACAAUGUAUAAGGUUUUUUGUCCUUCUCAAAGAAAUGUGAUUUUGUUAUUGUUUUCCAUUCAGAUUCCUAUGAUUUUUUUGGAUUUUGCAUUGGAAAUUUAAUUUCUCUUAAGUUUGAUGGAUAAGAUGUUAGAUUUUAUCUAUAUUUUUUGAGUUCUUUCAGGGUUUUUGUGGUGCGUGCUUAGAAAGUCUAGAAAUGUAUAGUAUCUAUAGUAUGGGAAGUACGUAAUCUUGAAUAUCUAUGCAUAGCAUGAUUAGAUUUUUAGAUAUUGUUUUCCUAUGCACUAUGCAUUUUCAAAUUAGAUUUGAAAAGGUAACGUGAAGUGUUGUACAACUUUAUGUAUCA